CAGGUCCCCACUUUCUCUCUCGUGUUUUUUGUUUUUAUUUUUAUUUUUUCAUAAUACAACGCCUGCGGCUACAUUGGAGGCACAAUUCAUCAGUUCUGCAACUCUCUCUUUCUCUCCAUCUCCAUGUUCAUGGCAAUCUCAAGAUGGCCGUGAACAAUCGCUGUUUUGUGGAAUGGAAAGAGCAAUUUGUUUCACAGGAGCGUGGUAAUCGUGUGGUUCACUAUUACCUGAAGGAUGCUGCUGGAGAAUCUAUCCUUGCAGUGGUUGGUACUGAGAGGAGUGUUAGGCACAUGUGCUAUGUUGUUGCUGAGGAGUUCCUUGAAAUUUGUGGUAAGGAAGGUUCCAUUCCAACUGGUUUCAAAUGGAGAUCUAGAAGAGAGGUGGUGGAUUGGCUGACAUCAACGCUAUCAAAGCAGAACCUGCAGGGAGAUAGAAGUGUAUCACCUGGUCAUAACUUGGUUCAAGCUCAUGAGACCACAAAUGAUAGUAUCAAUGAAAUUACUGGAGCACGAAUAACAGAUGAUAAGGACUUUCCUAUGAGUAACUCCAAAUUAUCCAAUUCAGACAUUGUUUGGUCAGGAGUUGCGUGGAGAUGUGGCAAACAACUUAAGCAUUUUCCUGCUUUUUGGAGGAAUGGCAUCAAAAUAGAGAUUCAAUCCUUUGUUUUUGUUAUGGGAAAGGGAGAGAAUCAUUAUAUUGCUUAUGUAGAGGAUAUGUAUGAAGACAGAAGGGGGCAGAAAAAGGUCAAGGUGAGGUGGUUUCACCAUAAUCAGGAAGUCAAGGGUGUAGUUCCUGUACGAAAUCCUCACCCUCGAGAAGUUUUUAUCACACCUUGUUCUCAAGUUAUUAGUGCAGAGUGCGUAGAUGGUCCUGCCACAGUCUUGACUCGUGAACACUAUGAAAAGUGCAUGUCUUUUUUUUCGCCCACUUCAAGGGACAGAACACAUUUGUGCUUUAGGCAAUUUAGAAGCAACAAAGUUAAGCCCUUUGACUUGAGUAAACUGCGUGGCUACUAUGCCCAACCAAUUCUUUCUUACUUGCACCUGGAUUCAAUUCAGAACCCUGAGAAGCUUGCAGGAGAAAAUGAAGAUUUGACUGCAGGUGAUGAUGUGAAGGUAGGAACCAAGAGGAGCAGAAGUGAUAAGGGGUCACCUCAGUCUUGGAUAAGUCAACAGGGAGUUAGGAAAUUGAUGAGAAGUAAGCAAAUGAUGGUAUACAAAACCUUCCAGGUUGCAAAUUAUGCACGACCAGAAAGGAGACUGCUUUCUCGGAAGCAGGUUGAGUGUGAACCUUGGUCUAUUCACAAAUACAAGGUUGAUGACAAGAUUGAGUUGCUUUGUCAAGAUAGUGGCAUCAGAGGCUGCUGGUUCAGGUGUACAGUUGUUCAGGUAGCCCGGAAACAGCUGAAAGUCCAAUAUGAAGAUGUCCAGGAUGAAGAUGGAAAUGGAAAUCUGGAGGAAUGGGUGCCUGCUUUCAAGUGUGCCAGGCCUGAUAAACUUGGGAUGAGGCAUUCUGGCCGGCCCACCAUAAGACCUACUCCAACUCUUGAGGAACAAGAACUGGCUGUUGAGGUUGGACAUGCAGUUGAUGCAUGGUGGAGUGACGGCUGGUGGGAAGGGGUUGUAACUAGAAUUGAUCACUGUGGAGAUGAAAGUGUUCAAGUAUACUUUCCUGGGGAAUGCCUGUUGAUGGAAGUGUGCAAGAAGGAUUUAAGAAUAUCUAGAGAUUGGUUAGGGGACAGUUGGAUUAACAUUAAGGCAAAACCUGAAAUAACUACAACUAUAUUCUUCACUCCUAAUAAUAGCUUUAACACAAAGCUUUCUGUGUCCCCAUCAAUGGACAAAGUUGCGGACACUGUUGGUUUUGGUAAUUUUUGUCAUGGUGAUCCUUUUAGUAAGAAGUGUGAUGAAGUGGCUAUUGAGGACCAGAAAAAUGUGUCUUGUGAGGGCUUCACUGAAGAUGGGGUCUCUGUCCCGGAUAAUAAACCCUCUUCAGAAAAAAACACUGAAGCUGAUAAUAUUGAGAUACAUGGCUGUUGUGAUGAGCAUGACAAAGUUAACAGUGAUGAUGAUAGUAUGAAGAAUGGAGAUAAUAAUAAUAAUAAUGGUAAUAAUAAAGAUAUGAAGGUGUUUGAAACUUCUGGAUCGGACUGUGAACCUGUAGAAGUCAUGGAAGUGGGUGUAUAAACAAUUUUUUAGAGUCAUGCAUAAAGGUAUGGUAGUGCUGAUUGUAGAGCUAUGCCAUAAUCUCUCGUUGUGUUGUAAUCUGUGUCCAAAGUUAGUGUGAGAAUGUAAAUAGUAGUUACAGGGUCAUGUGGGAAUCCAAUUGAUUGUUAACUUCGUAGUUACCUUCAUAGGUGUACAGUGUUGAGUGUAAUGUGCAAGUGUGUUGUUAUCUUUCUUUCCAUUGAUUGUAUUUGAAAGUAGAUUUCUUUCACACGAGACAACUAUUGUUGAGUAAUUUCAAUUGCUAUCCAAUUAGUUCCAUUGAUAUGAGGCAGUGUA